CCGCUACAUGCACCCCCUGCAGGAAGCCUUUUCUAUUCAGCUGAUCUCUCCUGUCAGCUGGGAGACCAUCCCUAACACCAGGAUCGACCUGGAGGAGUGGGAACACGUGACCUGCAUGAAGACGGUUUCUCUGAAGAGCGAGGAAACGGUCUCCGGCCUGAAGGGCUACAUCGCCGUCGGGACUUGCCUGAUGCAGGGAGAAGAAGUCACCUGCAGGGGGCGGAUCCUGAUCAUGGACAUCAUCGAGGUGGUUCCUGAGCCGGGCCAGCCCCUCACCAAGAACAAGUUCAAGGUCCUGUAUGAGAAGGAGCAGAAGGGGCCGGUCACUGCCCUCUGCCACUGCAACGGCUACCUGGUGUCGGCCAUCGGCCAGAAGAUUUUCCUCUGGAGCCUGAAGGACAACGACCUGACCGGCAUGGCCUUCAUCGACACCCAGCUCUACAUCCACCAGAUGAUCAGCGUCAAGAACUUCAUCCUGGCUGCUGACGUCAUGAAGAGCAUCUCGCUGCUGCGCUACCAGGAGGAGAGCAAGACCCUCUCGCUCGUCAGCCGGGACGCCAAGCCCCUGGAGGUCUACAGCGUGGACUUCAUGGUGGACAAUGCCCAGCUGGGGUUCCUUGGUAUGUCCCGGGGGGGGGAGGGCUUGGGAAAGA